AUGUCUGGCAAUAGAGGAACCCACAGCAGGAACCCACUCAGAGGCACCAACCUUGACUUCCAAAUGGAACAGUACAUCUGCAGAAGGAAAAGUGAUGGCAUCUACACCAUAAAUCUGAAGAGAGCCUGGGAGAAGCUUCUGCUGACAGCUCGUGCCAUUGUUGCCAUUGAAAUCCCAGGUGGUGAGAGUGUCAUAUAUUCCAGGAAUACCCGCUCGUGGGCUGUGCUGAAGUUUGCUGCUGCCACCAAAGCCAUUCCUAUCGUGGGCCGCUUCACUCCGGGAACCUUCACUAACCAGAUGCAGGCAGGUCCCCGGUGUCUUCUGAUGGUUACUGAUCCCAGUAUUGGCCACCAGCCUCUCUCAGGGGCAUCUUCUGUUAACCCACCUACCACGGCUCUGGGUAACACAGACUCUCCUCUGCACUGUGUGGACAUUGUCAUCCCUUGCAAUAGCAAGAAAUCUCACUCAGUGGGUCGGACGUGGCGGAUGCUGGCCCAGAAAGUUCUGCACACACAUGGCACCAUCUCCCAUGAACACCCACGGGAGGUCGUCUGAUCUGUACUUCUCUACAGAGAGCCUGAAGAGACUGAAAAGGAAGAUCAGUUAGAUUUAUCCCAGGAUUAUGAUGUGGAAUAUUUACUCACCAUUAACCAGCAUUAUGGAAACCUGUGUGUGUCCAGCAAUGGGCUGGCUGCUGGCAAUACAACAGGGAACAAGACUGUUGUGUUUCAGAAAGCAACUAUUCACGCAGCAAUAGCUCGCAGCCACAACCACAGCCCUCAGCCUCUGCAAGUGAGCCUCAGAGCACCUGGACUCCUGCAGGCCCCAAGCUCUGAAGCGGUUCCACCUGGUGGCUGCCUGCGAAAAGACUGGCCGAGCUCAGAGGCCUCUGUGGGCCUGCAGGAACUGGCCGUCCUUCCCUGGUACAAAAGUAGGAAAGUGAAGUGUUACCGUGUCAGUGCACAGUCACGUUACAGGGAUAGCAGACCAUUUCAGAAAUUGGACGAGAGCUACAGAAAUGGCCUGUCUUCUAUCCGGCGGCCCUUAGCCCUGGUCACACAUCAAUAUCGCUGGGAGAGAAAAAUGGGCAAAAGAUGUCAGUUUCCGUUGUUGCUAGUCUUCAGUUGCAUCACUAUCCCCGAUGCUUCCACGCACCUGCUCCCACCUCUGUAG